AUGAAUAAAAUUAAGGAUCGAACUGGUAUUUAUCAUGAACAUCAACAAGGUUUACUUUGUGGUCAACACGCAUUAAAUAAUCUUUUACAAAAUCCAAUCUUUUCAUCUGCUGCAUUAAAUGAUAUCGCUCGAAAUCUCGAUAUAGAAGAAAUAAGUGUAUUGGAACAGACACCAGUUCAACUUGAAAAUAUGGAUGAUACAGGCUUUUAUAAUAUACAAGUAUUACAACGAGCAUUGAAAGCAUUUGAAAUUGAGUUAGUCCCAUAUACAAGCCAAUAUCCUAUUGCUAAACAAGCACGUAGUAAUCCUGAAUGUAUUCCAGCUUAUAUAUGUAACUUAGGUCUUCAUUGGUUUACUAUAAGACGAAUUGGUACAUACUAUUUUAAUUUAAAUUCCUAUUAUUAUGUACCAGAAUUAAUUUCGGAUAGAACACUUACAGAAUAUUUAAAUUUUAUAACGGAAAAGGGUUAUUCAGUAUUUAUUGUAUAUGGAACUUUACCAGCGUGUUUAGCUGAUGAGAAACUGACAGAUAAUCCUAUCGGUCCAGCAGAAUAUACAUUAUUAACGAAAGAUUUACCAAAAUUAAUUGUGGAUCCAGAUACGAAAUAUCGAGAUAAGAAUGGAAAUUCAGUUAUAAAAGUACCUAGCUCUUUGUAUGAUGAAUUACAAAAGAAUCCAAAUGAUCCAGAUAUUAGAAAAAAGUUCAAUCAAUAUUUACCUAACGGUGUAACUAUUGAUGAUCUUGCAGAUUUCUCAGAUUCGUCCAUCCGUAAAACUAAUUGUCCAGAUCAUCGUCGUCAACCUCAAGCAGUCACUGAAUAUACAAUCGAUGAGCCCAGUCUUGAUAGUCAGAAUAAGUCUCAUGAACAUAACGCUAUAACAUCUGAAUGUAUUGUUAAGAGCCAACCGCCCAAUACAAAUAACAAAUCAAUUGACAAUCAUGAUACUCAACGAAUAGACCAAACAAAGACCGCAUUAGAGAAGGAAAAAGGUUUAAAGCAACUUGUUAUGUAUCAAUCAAUGCUUAAUGAAUUAGGAAUGAAUGAUGAUGAACUUUUAUCUCACGAAGGUUCUACAGAACAACUAAAUCAACAAUUACUUGACCGAGCCAUUGCUGUUAGUUUAGUAACAGAUAAUGCUUCUAAUAUAUCAUCUGAAUUAAUUCCAUUACCAGCAAAGAAUUCAGAGCAAAUUUCAACACAACAACUAUCAUUAUCGUCAUUCGCUAACACAUCUUCACGAUUAUCCGAGAAUGAAAACUCAACACAGCCGAUGAUAAUAUAUUCAUCAACUUCAACUGAUGUACAUUCAAUAUCGCCUAGGGAUGCAAAGUUAACACAUCUAAUAAAUGAUGAUGAACUUCCAUCUCACGAAGGUUCUACAGAAAAACUAAAUCAACAAUUACUUGACCGAGCCAUUGCUGCUAGUUUAGUAACAGAUAGUGCUGCUAAUAAAUCAUCCGAAUUGAUCCCACUACCAGCAAAGAAUUCAGAGCAAGUUUCAACACAACAACUAUCAUUAUCGUCGUCAAAGAGUACGAACUCACUACCAUUCACCUACACACCUUUACGAUUAUCCGAGAAUGAAAACUCAACACAGCCGAUGAUAAUAUAUUCAUCUACUCCAACUGAUGUACAUUCAAUAUCGCCUAAGGAUGAAAACUUAACACAUCUAACAAAUAUCAAUUCAUUAUCAUCAAAAGAUACACAGUCAUUUUCGCCAAAAGUAGUAGAGAUGCCAAGUAUUGAAGAAUUACGUAAACUUCGUCUUCAACAUUAUGGUAAUAGAGAUAGAUCAAUAAUAUCGCAAGCACCAAAUUCUUACCAUUAA